AUGAAGCUGGCCACUGGCUUCUUGAUUUUGUGGCUCAGCCUGUGGGGUGGCCCAGCUCGGAGUGACACCAGCCCUGAUGCAGAGGAGUCCUAUUCAGACUGGGGCCUUCGGCACAUCAGGGGCAGUUUUGAAUCUGUCAACAGCUACUUCGAUUCCUUUCUGGAGCUGCUGGGAGGGAAAAAUGGAGUCUGUCAGUACAGAUGCCGAUACGGAAAGGCACCAAUGCCCAGACCCGGCUACAAGCCUCAGGAGCCCAACGGCUGCAGCUCCUAUUUCCUGGGUCUUAAGGUACCAGAAAGUAUGGAUUUGGGCAUUCCAGCAAUGACCAAGUGCUGCAACCAGCUGGAUGUCUGUUAUGACACCUGUGGUGCCAACAAGUAUCGCUGUGAUGCAAAAUUCCGAUGGUGUCUCCACUCUAUCUGCUCAGAUCUGAAGCGGAGUUUGGGUUUUGUCUCCAAUGUGGAAGUAGCCUGUGAUUCUCUGGCUGAUACUGUGUUCAAUACCGUAUGGACCUUGGGCUGCCGACCUUUCAUGAAUAGCCAAAGGGCAGCCUGCAUCUGUGCAGAAGAGGAGAAAGAAGAGUUAUGA